UCUAAAAAAAAAAAAAAAUAGAGACACCCUAUUUAAAUGACAAAAAUAACCUCAAUAGACAUGAGUGCACAUUAGUUUAGUUUACUCUAUAAGCCAAAACCCUGAGCUGUAAGGCUGUAACCCCAUAUGCAUAGACUAAUUACUCCCUAAUUAGCACCCAAACUAAUAAUUACUACAAAAAAGCAAAGGAAGAAAAAGUCCAACAGAAGAAUAAGGAAGAACAUAAAAGGGGUUAAGAAAACAUCAAAAAAAGAUCAAUAAUUUUGGGUUUUCUGCUUGAAUUUCUUUUGGGUUUUGUGAAAUUCAUCAGAAAAAUUUAUUUAUUUAUUUUUGGGUUUUGUGAAAUUCAUCAGAAAAGUUCAUUUAUUUAUAUUUUCUGGUAAAAAGAUGGCAACUUUUGGAGGAACAACCCAGAAAUGCAAAGCCUGUGAAAAGACUGUGUAUUUGGUUGAUCAGCUUACUGCUGAUUCCAAAGUUUUUCACAAAGCUUGUUUCAGAUGUCAUCACUGUAGAAGUACUCUCAAGCUUCACAAUUAUAGCUCCUUUGAAGGGGUGUUAUAUUGCAAGCCUCACUUUGAUCAACUUUUCAAAAUGACUGGCAGUUUAGACAAAAGCUUUGAAGCUGCACCUAGAAUUGUUAGAGACAGAUCUUCUGAGCAGGGUCAGACCAACAGCAAAGUCUCUAGUCUGUUUGGUGGUACACAAGAAAAAUGUGUUUCUUGCAAGAAAACUGUUUACCCAAUUGAAAAGGUGGCCGUAGAUGGAAAUGCAUACCACAAGGCAUGCUUCCGGUGCAGUCAUGGAGGAUGUGUCAUAAGCCCAUCGAAUUACGUUGCUCAUGAGCAUCGCCUCUAUUGUCGCCAUCACCAUUCCCAACUGUUCAAACAAAAGGGUAAUUUCAGUCAAUUGGCGACUCAUAAUCAGGUAAACGGAGCUUCUAAUGGUGUUGAAAAUGGAGUUACUACUAAUGGAGUUACAAUUACGAAUGGUGUUUCGGAUGGAAGUGUCGAUGGGACGACUGAGAAUGUCGUAGCUUCCGCUUGAAAACUAUCUUAUGAUUGUGUGCUAUGUUGUAUGUAAUCUUUGCAUCAGAAGAAGGUUACUGUUAUUUCGAAGUGAAAUGAGAGUUUUAUGAGCAUACUGUGUAGAGAGAUUUUUCUUAUAAAGUAUAUGUUUGAAUCAUGAAAAUCAAUACUAGUGUUCUGUUUCUUGGCUUUGAACCUUCUAAACAUCUAAUCUUUCUUAAAAUGUCAGCGCCUUCACAUAUAGGCAGUGGUGCCAGCAGGAUUGUUUUGUUCAUGCUCUUGGGUGAAUAUUCAGAUCACAAAGUGUUUGAUUGUCAAGUUUCAUGAAUUGGUUGGUUAAACAAUUGAUUUCAUGAACUUGUUGCGAGAGAUGUAGUAGAAUUAUGAUGAAGUAUGAUUAAUAUGUGGAGUAACAAGAUUUAUAAAUAAUCAAAACUAAUCCUAUCAUUUUAAGGUGCUCACCCCCUCUUGUCCAAAAUACAGUCCUUUGUAUUUUUAAUUUUAGCUUAUACUAAUAUAUGAUAUAUAAUUUAAAGCGUAAAUAAAUACCACAAAACUACU